UGAGAUUCAUCUAUCGCCCGUCAAUAUGAAGUUCCUACAGAUUGCUGUGGUUCUGCUCGUGGCAACGGUCCUGGUCGGAGCCCAGGAUCCUCCACCAGCGGAUCUGCCAGCACCAGCAGCCGAACCAGCAGCCGAACCAGCAGCCGAACCAGCAGCCGAACCAGCAGCAGCUGCCGCCGCGGCUCCACCGGCUCCAGCGGCUCCAGCGACUCCAGCGGCUGGAGGAGGCAAAAAUGUGAAUCACAACGUUAUUACAAUUGGAUAGAUGCAGGCUUACUUUGGAUUGAACUUUCGGCAAUAAAAUGAGCGCUUGUUUUAA